AUGAAGGCUCCUAUCGUUGCAGUCGCUGUUCUCGGCUCUUGCUGCCAUGCCCAAUCUGGCAGCUCAAUUGACCCCGUCCAGCCUGUUCUCCUUCCGGAUACAGCGGCAGCUAAGAACCCUCUGUCACACCUUGGCGGUAAUGGCCCGUGGCAUAUAGGAUCUGAUAUUACCGGCAUUUCAUCUGAGAUUCCCGAUGGAUGUGUCGUCGACCAAGCUGCCUACGUAUCACGUCAUGGAUCUCGAUAUCCUGAUACUGGUGCUCACAAUGGCUGGCUCGAGAUGCAGCGCAAGUUCCAAGAGUCUGAUUACAAGGCAACUGGGCCUCUGAAGUUCCUCCAUACUUGGAAGAGCCCCCUCGACAAACCCGAGAUCCAGAUUGCGCAGCUGAGCAAGACCGGAUACAAGGAAUUGUUCGAUAUGGGAUACACCAUCCGAACUAGGUACCCGGAUCUAUACAACGAGGGUGAGGACUUUGUUGUGUGGGCCAACAACUACACACGCGUCAUCCAAACCGCUCAGCUCUUCCUCCAUGGUUUCUUGGGAACAAACUCCUCGCUUGGCACGGUCGUUUCCGUGACGGGUAAGGGAAUGCCUGCUCAUUUGGGCGACACCCUUGCUCCGUCUGAUAUGUGUCCUACUUUCGUGGACGACAGCAGCAAGCAGACGGACGCGUGGCGCUCCAAGUGGCUGCCCGCCUUCAAGAAGCGUCUGUCUCAGUACAUCGAGGGAGACCUCGAUCUUGAAGACGGCCAGUGGAACGACUUUCCCUACAUCUGUGGUUUCGAGUCACAAAUCGCAGGUCGUCUUUCACCUUUCUGCAACACCUUCAAUCAGCAGGAGCUAGAGCAGUACGAGUACCAGCAAGAUCUCCGAUACUACUACGGUGUCGGCCCUGCCACCAAGGUCGCUUCCAAGAUGAUGGUUCCCUUUCUCGAUGCUUUGGUAGACCGUUUCGUCGCUGGCCCUGAUUCCACUGGUAAAGACUUUGACGGCAAGAACUUCAAGAUCCCCAAGAUCCUCAUGAGUUUCUUGAAUGACGGUCAACUCAACGAACUCGCCGUUGCUACCGGCGUAUACGACAACCAGAAGAAGCUCCCAACCGAUCGCAUUGCCAAGGACCGUCUCUGGCGCAACUCUGAUAUUUCUCCUAUGCGUGGUACCAUUGCUUUUGAGCGUCUCACUUGCGGCACUACAAAGGGACGUUCUGCAAAGUACAUGCGAAUUCUCGUCAAUGACAUUGUCUACCCCGUUCCUUCGUGCAAGGACGGCCCUGGAAGAUCUUGUGCUUUGGCAAAGUACUCUAAGAUCACCAAGGAUCGACUUAAGAAAAAUGGUAACUUUGCUAAGCUUUGCAAUGCCACGGAUCCUGCUACUCCCAGCAAGGUUCUUGGAGCUAGCUUCUUUACCAACUUGGCUCAGCCUCACUUGAAGCCUGUCAAGCCUUGA